AUGACGCUCAACUCUGAAUCAGCGCUGAAAGUUUACCUCUCAGCAAGACGAGGCUCAGCAGUUCCGGCUGCAAUGACUGAAGAUGACUUGACACAGGACGAAAAGGUACGAAAUAGUUUCCGUUUAUUACUUAGCUCAAAGUAAGCUCUUCACUAAAAAGAUGUUGUUCUAGAAGUUCAUACUUUUCAAUUCGUCGGACUGAAUAGAAUGAAUGCUAUUCCAUCGUAGUGUGAUUUUGUGUCAUGGACUUACCUUAAUGACCUUAGCUCUUACGUGUUUCCUGCAGCUUUGACUUAUAAGAAACUUAAUUCUAGUGACAUAUGUCCUUUAUUUAAAACUACUGAGUAGUAAUUUUAAGAAGUUUCAGUGAUGUAUUACCUUGUCCAAUAAGAGAUGUAACGUUUGAGUUAGUCGAUAAGUGUGUGCACAUUUGAUUUAGGUUAAUUGAAAUUAUUGACUCUUCUGUCUCGUUAAGAUUUAAAAGAAGUGUCAUUAUUCUUUUAUGCCGCAAACGGCAAGGUUUACGGUUUUCUAGAUACUUUUCUGCUCACUAAUUCAUGAACAACGACACAGUAUCAAGAAUUUUAUCCGAUGAAUUUUAAAUCACUGCAAUGUUAGGGAUCUUGCAAAAGAGCCUUUCCUCGCCCCCGUGUAAAAAGUUCAAUUUGUAUUCAAAGUAGUUUGUCGAUAAUAAACAGGCAACUUGACCAGGUCGGUUAAGAGUCAAAAUACUUCAUAGCGGUCGCUUGUUCCAUUACAUUUCAAUAUAAACCUGCUUCUUAGUAUAAAAAUUGUGUAGAUUAUAGUAUGGCAGCAUCUAGGUUAUCAAUCAUAAAUAGACGUGCAUUCCCAUUCCCUACAAACAAAGAAAUAUUACGAGGUUGGUCUCGAAAACAGUCGCUUCCCUGAUAACAAGGUGAAAAAAAAAAUUCCCUGAUUUCGCGAAAGUAAAUUUUGUCAUAUUACACCAUUGCUCAGAGCCCUACACUGGUUACCCGUAGCAUAUCGCAUUGUUUUUAAAAUUUUAUUGUUAACUUUUAAGGUCAUUCAUAAACUUGCUCCGACUUACAUUUCCGAACUUGUAUCACCGAAAGACACAGGGGGUAGGUACUAUCUUAGAUCAAAUAACGGCAAACUUCUUAACAUUCCACCAUGCAAGUCUCUUUCCACGCUUGGUGAUCGAUCUUUUUAUAUGGCUGCCCCUAAAUUAUGGAACGAUCUUCCCUUUUUUAUUAGAAAUAUAUCUUCAGUUAAUGCUUUCAAGAAGGCUCUUAAAACUCAUUUAUUUCAGAAGGCGUUUCCCAGCUAAUUUAUUGUUUUUAUUCUCUUUAUUAAGAAGGAUUUGUAUAUAGGAUUUUAAAGAUUAAUUUUUUUUUUAAAUUGUUAUUUUUACUAAUUUUUAGGAACGAUCUGUAAAUUUUGUUUUUGGAAUAUGUACUAGGAUUUUAGGAUUUUGUUGAGUCGAUGUUAUGCGCAGAUGAAAAUUUCUUUCCCUGGAUUGAUAUUUGCGCAAUACAAAUCAAUAAAUAUUAUUAUUAUUAAGGUGACUAUUACAGAUAGAUUCCCGGAAUAUAAACACCUGGGUCAAGUUGUUCAAAGCCGGGUUUAGAUAACCCAGGGUUAGUGCGAGAUUUGAAUUCAAAUUUGAAAACUUAAAAAACGCUUCAGUUUUAAUUCUUUUGGUCUACAAGUUGAUGAUUGAAAGCUCUAAAUAUAACAGAGAAAAUUAUCCGAGAAAAUGCUUUUGAACACAAGAAAGAGAAACCCGGGUUAAAUUUAACCCCGGGUUAAGCGCUAAUCGGCCUUCGAACAACUGGGCCCUGGGUAAUUUCACCGUUAUGGGUGGCAAGGGAGGUGUGUAUUUUCAGUAACUCAAUUUGUUUGCUUUUCUUACCUUGUGGGCUACGCUACUGAAGAGCAGGUCGAUGGGAGGGAUAUUACAGGGUUAAUAUGCAACAACUGAAAUUUACCCUCUACAUUCACUAUCGACUUAAAACAUGCAUGUAUCGCACGCCUUAUAAUCUCAGCAAAGACUGCAAUAGACCGAAUUGUUAACCUGUUCUCUGUGGCCACAGGGAAGCAGAGGUGAUAGUUUGUUGCGCAUGCGUGCCUCACCGGCAAAACAAACGUUACAGUUAUUUGUUGCUGCUUGGCUGAACGUGCAGUGGCCUGGUUUCUGCUAUCUUUAAAACGAUCAGGUUUCAACUGCUUUUGAUGGCAUCUACAGAUUGUCGCUUUUUGCCCUACUUUAUGAUUAAUUCAGUUAAUUGGCCAACGGUUUUGAGACAAAGCAUGCUUAACGCAUCUUAAAUAUAAAACGUUCUCUGGUAAAGGGUUUAUCUAUUUGUUUUCUUAUUUAUUUAUAUUAUUUGCAAAUUUAUUUAUUUAUUUAUUUAUUUAUUCAAUUCAUUACACGGAUAAUCAAAAUAACAGAAUUACAGCGAAAUUCGUUGUAUCAGGCUGCGCGUAUUGCAAACUUCGAAGGGAUUUUGGGUUUUUCUGUUCCGUCAAUCAUUUUAGUGAAGGCAGGACGCAAACUUUAUAACUAGUCGAUUAUUGCCCGAAACAGGACGAUCACAAAGCAACGAACCUUGAAACACGAAACAAAAUCACGAUCGAAAUCCACAAAAUCACGAAUCACAAACCAUGACCUUUUGAACUCGUGCAAUUAAACGUGUGUUUCCUAAGAGGUCUGCUAAGAUGAUUGACGGAACAGAAAAACCCAGUAAUCCAUAUGUUUGAAGUUUGCAAAAUUCACAGCGCGAAACAACGAAUUUCGCUAUAAAAUCGAAGAAAACCAAAUAUUAUAAAAGUGAUAUCUGUAUAAUUAGGACAGUUUAUACAGAACACGAGGAUUCCAAGUAAGAGUAAACUGCCUAGAAUAAACAAUAAAAUAUAAAAAACUAUAUACAAGAAAAUUCUAAUCCUAAUUAAAUUUCGACGAAGCGAUUGGUAUUUGUUUAUGAGCUUAUUAGAUAGAAUAGAAAAUCACCUAUGCUAAAAAUAGUUAAAAAAAAAAAAUAAAUAAAAAUCUUUCCUUAUUGGAAUUAGUUAUCAAUAUAUUGUUACUAAACAAAGAUAACUGAUCAGUUAUUCUUAUGGCUACAGGAAGGCCAUUCCAUAAAUCUACAAUGCGAUUAAAAAAUGAAAAUUUAAAAACAUCUGUUCUAAAGCGAACCUUGGAAAGUUCUGCUUCUGAGUUUCCCAUGCUAUACCUAGAGGACUUGAAACUAACAUACGUCAAAGUCAAUAUGUCCACAAAGACAUUUGAAAAAAAACAUAAAUCUAAAACUUCUCUUCUAAACUCGAGAGGCAAAAGACCUAAUUUGACUAAACGUUCAGGAUAAGGUAUUGUAAAGUCACACUUCAAAAUAAGUUUGGUUGCGCGACUUUGAACGCGCUUUAUGGCGAUGAUUUUUCCUUUAGUGUAAGAUGACUUAGACUUGUGAAGCGAACUCUAAUUGUGGACGUACCAAACGGUCAACAAAGUUAAUUGGUCACAUUCAUUAGUGCACGUUCUAUAAAUAACGCCAAGCAUUUUAUUUGCUCUACUGAUGAUAAGGUCAAUAUGAUCAUUCCAUGAUAGUGUUGAGGAAAUGUGGACACCAAGAUCUUUCUCAGUUGUUACAUCUGUAAUUCGCGAUCUGUUCAGAUUGUAUGACACUGUGUAUGACGUCUGAAGGAUAUUCCUUCUCUUUGUAAUAGCAAGUUGCUUACACUUUUUUUUCAUCAGAAUAAUCAGUAAUUAUUCUAUAACAUUUCAUGUCAUCUGCAUAUAACGGAACUGUAGUACUUCUAGCGUCAGUAACACUUGGGGCACUGUUUAUAUAGGUGAUAAACAAGAACGGCCCCAAAAUGGACCCUUGAGGUACAACAGACAAAACAGGUUGCCAAGUAGAUGACUGUCCAUCAAUAAUUCUCCUGUACCAGCGAUCUGUCAAGUAGAUUCUAUUAACCAGGAUAGCAAAUUCCCUCUUUAAUACACCAACAGCAAACAACUCCCUCAGCAAACAGUUAAAUGAUACAUAGCCAAAUGCCGUGCUGUAAUCUGAUUUUUCUCAUCCAGUGCUUUGGCACAGUCAUGUGUAGAUCUAAGAAGACUGAUAACACACAAGCGCCACCUUACAAAACCAGAGGAAACUAUCUGGCCAAGGUCUGA